AUUACAAAUCAAACAACAGUAGAAUCGCUUAAUUCACCUCCUAAUAAAUUAUAUAUAAAAAGAAAUUCUAAAUAUUUGCCUCGGAAUGCAAAACCCAUUGAUUGAAAUAGCUCUGUAGACUUUUUUUUUUCUUCCAGGAAAUCGGACUGUCUCAACCAAACAAAAUCCAGCCAUUUCUCAUUGUUAGAAUCACAAAAAUCAGAGAAUGAAUUUCCCAACAACCAAACACCUUCUUCUGUCCACUAUCAUCUCUACCUCCUAACACCUGCAAUUACAGUAGAAGAAAGAAAUGGAAAUGGAAACAACCAUUCUCUUCUCUCUCCUCAUCUCUUCUUCUCUCUUCCUACUCUUCUAUCUCUCCUCCUUCUUCCAUCCAAAACACUCCACCACCACCCCAACUCCCUCCACCCACCCCAUCAUCGGCAACCUCAUCGCCUUCCUCCACAAUCGCCACCGCUUCUUUGAUUGGGCCACUCAAAUGCUCUCUGAUUCCCCAUCAAACACCAUCAACGUCCGCGGCCCGCUCUUCACUUCCCGCGGCAUCUGCACCGCUGACCCCACCAACGUCGACCACCUCCUCAAAUCCAAUUUCUCCAAUUACAUCAAAGGCGACCGUUUCCACUCCGUCCUCUCCGAACUCCUCGGCCAUGGCAUCUUCAACGUCGACGGCCAGCUAUGGUCAUCUCAACGCAAAAUCGCCAGCCAUGAAUUCAACACUCGCUCCCUCAAAUCCUUCGUCGCCGACACCGUCCGUUCCGAAACCAUCAACCGCCUCCUCCCAACACUCAUCUCAGCAUCAAACACCAAUCAGAUCAUCGAUCUUCAGGACAUCUUCCGAAAAUUCUCAUUCGACAACAUCUGCAAUCUUGCAUUUGGAGAUGACCCAGCAUGCUUAGAUCCGUCGAAUUCAGAUACUCAGCCGCUGUUUGUUCAGGCCUUCGAUGAGGCAGUAGAGAUCUGCUCAGCACGGUUCAUGGCCCCGACGCCAUGGGUCUGGAAAUUCAAGAAGCUUCUACGCAUUGGCUCGGAAAGAAAGCUCAAACAGCUGAUUGGUAUUAUAGAUAAUUACGCGAUGAAGAUCAUAGAGUCGAAGAAAAUCAAAAAUAAGAAUGACCCAGAUCGUGAUUUGCUCUCAAGAUUCAUGUCUACUAAUCAAGACUCAAACCUGCAGGAUCCGAUAGAGAAGUGCAAGUUCCUUAGAGAUAUCAUCAUAAGCUUCAUAUUAGCUGGGAAGGACUCGACAUCAACGGCGCUAACAUGGUUCUUCUGGCUACUCUCAACGAACCCAAAAUGCGAGAAACGGGCCUACGCCGAGAUAUCGGAAGCAAUGGUGGAAGCGCAGCGGCGGGAUGGGGAGAUCUUGGAGUAUGAAGAGCUGAAGAGUUUGAAUUACUUGCAUGCAGCUAUAACUGAGUCGCUACGGCUAUAUCCGCCGGUGCCGAUUGACUCGAGGGUGGCAGUAGCUGAUGAUGUGAUGCCAGAUGGGACACGUGUGGGGGCUGGAUGGUUUGCAGACUACUCGGCGUAUGCUAUGGGGAGGAUGGAGAGGUUGUGGGGGAAGGAGUGUUUGGAAUUUAAGCCGGAGAGGUGGUUGGAUGAAUAUGGAACGUUCGUUGGGGUGGACCAGUUCCGGUUUCCAGUUUUCCAUGGUGGGCCACGAGUUUGUUUGGGGAAGGAGAUGGCGUAUGUGCAGAUGAAGUCAGUAGCAGCAGCUGUGAUUUAUGGGUUUGAAGUGGUGGGAGUGAGGGAGGAAAUGCCGACAUAUGUGAUGUCUCUCACUCUCAAGAUGGACGGUGGAUUUCCUGUCCGGGUCAGCAGAAGAAAAUACUAGCCAGGUUCCGCUUUAUAUAUAUAUAUA